UCAUCGGGCGAUAAAGUAUCUCAAGAAACCGUCGUUGGCUUGGCGAAAAGCACCUCCAGUUUUAAAGGACAGCGACCAGAUUCGAUUAAGGCUCGCUAUCUCAGACAAGAUUUCGAAAAACUCGUGACUGAAAACUGGCAGAAAGACCCGAAACUCAUGCCCUGGAUCGCAGGGAAGAUCAAGAACCUCGGUACCAAAGCUUUCAGCUGGGCUGUCUAUCAAGGGCAUCUCGGGAUGCUAGAUCUAGGUGUGACUUUGUGCCGACCAAAAAUGUCGGCGCCUUUGUCGGACUACGAUGAAAUGCUUCCUUGUCAUCUGGCCGCGAAGCGAGGUCAUCUCCAGGUUUUGAUCAGAUUGAAAGCCAUCGAGGGUCUGUCUCGACCUAUGCCUUGUCCAAGAACAGGUAGGGGCGAGAUUCACUAUGCCGCCGAGCAAGACCAGUCAGCGAUCGUCGACUUCUUGGUGCAGAGCGAUCCAAGUCUGAUUCUCUCGAAAGGGAACGAUGGUCGUACUCCAUUGCACAUCGCCAUAAUUGCUGGCUCGCUAGCAACGAUUGACCUAGUGACAAAAUUGACCCGCAAAGAAUUCUGGGAUACCGAAACUGUUGACACUCUGCUGGUUGCCAUUGAGAUAGGUGGGUUCAGUCUGGAAGUCAUGAGCCGUGUGCUGCAGAGAAUGACCACUCUUCUUCCGAGCUGUCGUGAGACGGUCCUUGGAUGGGUCAUCAAGCACGAUCUCGCGGCCGCUGUCUCUAUCCUCGUUGAUUGCAGAGUGAAUCUAGAUAGUAGACUUUUUGAGGCGGAUGCUGUAGUUGGCCGAUCGAGGAAGGAUGGUGAUGGUCAACGGUACCCAGCGUUGUUCUUUGCUCUGGAGAAGUCAGAUCCAGCACUUGCCACUGCUCUCGUCAUGAACGGAACACGUCUCAAUACUUUUCUCUGGCUGGAUCAGAUGGGUACUCCACGGUCGGGAGUGGGACGCAUCGACGCGAUAGAUAUCGCUUUGUGUAGAAGAUGGACAGACUUGGCCUUACUCUUUCGCCCCAUCCAAAUUCCGGAUGUCAGCAACGAGGUAAUUUUCUACGUAACAGAUCUUCAUUCUAGUCUUAGAUGGCUUUCUUGCAGACUCUCGGGCUCGGUCGUCACUGACCUCACUUGUCUGAAACACGGGAACCUUUGUUCGCUCACACCUCAAUUCUCGAAAUUCACACACAAGGCAUUUUUCUGUCUGGACCUUGAUAAAGAUGGCAGUUCCUUACGCUCGGCUAGCCUUCUUGAGAUGGGCCCCCAUUUCCUGCAAAUAACCAUUUCUCAAUUCUUGUACCACAUGCUUACGGACAUUCGCUUUUUGAUGGACACCAGAAAAGAAAACCUUUGUCCUUGGAGGCUCCCGCCAUUAAAAAAUCCACACGAUCAGAGCACAGCCGCCGUCAUAAGUACCGACGCAUGGAGGAGUCAGUUGUCUUUCAACGAAAAACCGUACAACAUCCAACGUAUCACGAUAUAAGGUACCGCGCCUUUGACAACGUUCACCAGUGUUGCCGGUUAGGCCUCACUCGUGGAUUUUGGGAUAACUCAUGGCUAUGAGGUAAUCACCAGGUGUGCAGCAUACUGUUCCCUUUUGUGACUGAGAAUGCUCCUAAAGUUAAUAAGAGUGCCGGAGUUGAUAACAGAAAUGUUGUCUGGUGCCCACUUUACUCAUAUGGUCCGGAGAUAGUAGAAGCGUUCGGUCAUAAGGCUUGCCUGAUGCUGCUUGGAUAUCUCCGACGAACAUACAACAUACUAGAUGACUGUGUCUCACACA